AUGACGGUCAAACUGAAACCUCACCACAUUUACAGCGUGCGCCAAGAAAGAAUAAAGGACUUGCUGUUUUUGGAUGAGAAAACCAUAAUUUUCCCAAGCCUAAACAACUGUGUGUGCUAUAACAUACACCAACGAUGGACAAAAUUCAUCCCAGGUUCAAUGCCAUACCAAGAGGGGCCACAGAGCAUAAAGGCACUGGCUAUUAGCCCUGAUAGGCACUACUUGGCAGUGUCUGAGCGUGGAGAACGCACUACCAUCACUGUCUAUGACCUUCAGUGCGAACACUGCUCCAAGAGGCAGGUACUAACAGACGACAGCAACCAUGAGUUUGUCUGUAUGGCUUUUUCUGCUGACUCCAAGUACCUGGUGGGCCAGUCUGGAGAACCUAAAUGGACCCUCUUCUACUGGGAUUGGGAGAAUAAUGAGGUCAUUGCAACUGUGAAGAGCACAAGUGCUGGAUUUGUUAGUCAGGUUAGCUUUAAUCCGAAAGACAACACCCAGAUUUGUGUGACCGGAAAUUCUGUUUUCGAGAUCUUCAAAUUGGAGAAUGAGUCAAUAAAUCGGACAGGCUCAUUUACAGAUUUGAAAAACGUCUCUUCCCAUACAUGGAUGUCUGAGGACUGCAUCAUCUUAGGGAAAGAAACAGGAGAACUGGUGAUGCUGAAGGCUGGAAACCGGCACAAUUUGAAGAGACCUGCACUGCAACGUAUCUCUGCUAUUACAACAUAUUCUAAAGGCUUUGUCUGUGCAGCUGGACCAGUGGUGUGUCUUUAUGAAAAAACAGAGAAGUGUGACUACACAAGCACCAUGGAAAUAAGAAUCCCUGAGGACCUGUGCAGCAGUGAACCAGAGCUGCAGGAGAUCACCGCGGUGUGCAUGAGUCCAUUAGAGCAGACGCUGGCCAUAAGCACAUGCCAGGGCCAGGUCUAUCACUUCAGCAUCACCUCAACUGAGAUCAGUCAGGACAAUCGGGCCGACUUUGAUUUCCUGUUUCACCCCUGGAGCAUCAACGAUCUGUCCACCUGUUUAUCCAAACCCCUCUUUGCAACGUGCUCUAAGGACAACUCCAUCCGCGUCUGGAACUACAAGACCAAUAUUCUGGAGCUCAACAAGACUUUUCCAGAAGAGCCAAAAUGCAUCUCGUUGCACCCAAAUGGCUUGUCCUUGCUGGUGUGCUUUAACGAUAAAGUCUGCCUCAUGAACAUGUUGGUUGACGGAUUCCGCACUGUGAAGGAGUUCAACAUACUCAACUGCAGUGUGUGUGUCUUCAACAAUGAUGGCAACAUGUUUGCCACUGUCAUCGACAAUUUGAUAAGCGUCUUCCAUGUCAGAACAGGCAACUGUGUGGACUUUAAGGGCCACCUUGAAAAGAUAAAGUCAUUGAAGUGGAGCGAAGAUGACCAUCUGGUGUCGUGCGGGGUGGAUGGCGCUGUAUUUGUAUGGAAAGUUCUGAACAUCUCCUCAUACACAUGGAAGGCUGUGAUCGGCCCCUACGAGACUGUGAGCACAGAGACAUCAUGUACAUUCGUGGAUGCCAUCUUCUCACCUGACACUCGGAAUGUUCUCGCUAUAGGCAGCGAUUUCACGCUGAAAGAAUUCCAAGAAAAAGAGGUGGACUGCACCGUCAUCUCCAUGACUCAUUCGGGGAAAGCAGUCUUCGCUGGAACGGCUGCUGGUUCUGUGAAAGUGCUGCAGUACCCAGUAGAAGAGGGGAAAUCCUGGAUAGAGUAUCAGGCAGAUUCCGCUUCUAUCGCUAAAAUGGCCAUCACACCUGAUGAUCAGUAUCUGCUGACUGCCUCAAUUGAUGGCUCCUUCCACAUCUGGAUAAUCAAUGACCAGGGGGGAUGCACUUUAAGCAUGUGGAAAGAAACUGCAGACAUGGAGGAGGUCCUCUGUACCAAAGAUUUUUUGGAGAAGCAGAAACAGCGCAUACACCCAGAUGCUUACAAUCAGGUGGCGCUGCUAAAGCAGGAACAUGAGCACAGAAUUAACGAAAUCAGACAAAGUUUCUGCCAGGAGAUCGAGGCUCUAAAAAGCCAAAUCCAGGAGCUGAAUGCUGAGAAGGAGGGACAGAAUUAUGAAGAGCUGGAAAAGAGCAUGCUGGCCAUGCAGCAGUACUAUAUGGAGAUACUGAACGAGCAGGAGAAAAUGAAUUACCAGUGCACUAUGUAUAUGAAACGGCACUUUGAUGACAGGCUCCAUGACCAAGAGAAUAAGUUGCAGCAAGCUGAGAAGAGGAUAAAGGAACUGGAAAAGAACAUCGACUCAGAGUACAAAGAUGUUAUCCUUCAGUAUGAACAGAAGCUCCAGGCAGAGACGAAGAGCAAAGCGAAGUCAGAAAAAGAAAUGAAACUCAUGGAGAACAAGUUCUGGAAAUUAAAAGAAGAGUUACAGGAACAGUGCCAGGGGUCCAGUCAGCUCGAGGCUAAGGUAGCGGAGAUUGACAGCAAAAAAAGGAAGACAAUACAUGACCUGGAGCAGGAACUGAAACAUCAAGAACAAGAGCUGUACAUGGAGAGGAACAAGGCCACAAAAAUGACGAUUUUGGUGCAGAGGAUGAAGGCUGACAUUCAAGAAUGUUUAAGCUUCAUCCACAAGCCAUGCCAGCUGAAGGAGAACUUCAUCAGGCUCCACAAAAGCUACAUUAAGGAAGCAGAUGUAGCACUCAGAGCAAAGCCUGGGGUUGUGCAAGAUCACAUCAGGCUGAUGGAGCAUAAACAGUUUAUGGAAGCCAAUGUUCAGCAAUCAUACAGCUCCAAGGUCUUAAUGCAACUGCAGAACAGAUUUGAAGAGAUCAACAUGGAGAACAUGGAGACCAUAUCUGAGCUGAGGCUCAAGCUGACCAUGAAUGAAAAGGAGCUGUCUACAGAGCGACAGAUGGUCAAAAACAUAAAGAGUUUGGUGGAAAGCAUGAAGGAAGACAUAAAAAUCUGCAUAAGCUUCAUUCAGUGUCCAUCGCUGCUGAAGGAGAAUGUUCUAAAGCUCUAUAAAAGCUACAUCCAGGAAGCAGAUGUGAGAGUCGGAGCGAAGACUGCGGUCGUGAAAGAUCACACCAUGCCGAAGGCACAACAGCAGACAAUGGUGGUCACUCCAGAGAAGAAACUGGCUGUGGAUGCCAACAUUCAACCAGCACAAAGCUCCACCCUUUUGAAGCCUGAGGUUAAAGCAGAUGAGGUCAUCAACAACAUGGAGAGCAUGUUUGACCUGAGGCAGAAGCUGACCAUGAAGGAGAAAGAGCUAUGUAUAGAAAGGCAGAGGGUCAAAGACAUUAAGACUUUGGUGUGUAGGAUGAAGGACGACAUCAAAACCUGCUCAGGCUUCAUUCAGCAGCCAAAGAUGCUGAAGGAGAACUUUAAAAAGCUCCACAAAAACUACAUCCAGGAUGCAGAUAAAAUCCAUCUUAAAGACAUGGUUAAACUGCCUGAGCAGAAACAGAAUGAGGCAGAUUUGACCAUCACCAAAAAUCAGCAGGAUGGACUGAAGGAAGAACAAAAAGAACAGAUGAGACUGAGCAAUGAUCCUGAACUCAGUGAACUGCAGGACAAGAUUCAGGAGAAAAAACAACUCUUCAGCAAGCUUGAGUCUGAGGUGGACAAGAUCAACCUGAAAAACAUGUUUGACCUGAGGCAGAAGGUGAUCAUAAAGGAAAAAGAACUGUGUAUAGAGAGACAGAAGGUUAAAAACUUGAUGACAUUGGCUAAAAAGAUGAGGGACGACAUUGAAAGCUGCUCACGAUUCAUCCAGCAGCCGAAGAAGCUGAAAGAGUACUUUAUAAAUAUCCAUAGGAAUUACAUCCAAGAAGCAAAUUAUAUGAAAGUCGGAGCAGUGGUGCAAGAUCAGAUCAGGCUGAAGGACCAACAGAAAAGGAUGGUGGUCACUCCAGAGAAAAAACAACAACAAGCAGAUACAGUAGCUCAAAGCUCCUGAAGGAACAAAGUAAAAGUGAGAGAGACACAGCUGAAGUUGUUACUACUUUAUCUUUCUAUCCUGGUGCUGAUCAGAGCAUCAACAAA